GGUCACACAUGAGGGAAAAGGGCAAAAACAAAAAAAAAUAAAAAAAUAAAAAAAAUUGUGGCAACUCUUUGCCAUUACCAUCUUCUGUUUGUAUUUUAUACUAACACAAACUACUAUACUCCCAAACAAAGCAAAAAUUAUACCAUCCUCUAUCUUGGCUAGCUUGACACAGAGAGUGAACACCAUGGGAGAUCCAAACCAACUGAGAAAUAAUCUCAGAGUUCUAAUAUUUCCAUGGUUAGCUCAUGGUCACAUAACUCCAUUGCUAGAGCUAGCCCAGAAGCUCACUCAAAAAAAUUUCCACAUAUAUUUCUGUUCUACUCCUGUAAAUCUCAAUUCCAUCAAGCCCAAACUUGUUUCUGAUCCAAAAUUUCCAAAUUCUAUAGAACUAGUUGAGCUACAUCUUCCAUCACUUCCUGAUCUCCCUCCUCACCACCACACAACCAAAGGCCUCCCACUCCAUCUCUUGCCCACUCUUCACAGAGCUUUGGGCAUGGCGAAGCCUAACUUAUCCAACAUCCUUGAAACCCUCAAACCAGAUUUAGUCAUCUAUGAAGUUUUUUCACCAUGGGUGCCUGAUUUAACUUCUUCCUUGAAUAUUCCAUCUGUUGCCUUUGUUAAUACAGGAGCAACCUUUAUCACUUGUUUGAUUCAUCGCGCCAAGAAAAAAAGUGAUCAUGAAUAUCCAUAUCCCCAAAUCUUCCCAGAUGAUAUGGAUGCCAAGAUUUCCACAAUCCUUGAAAUUUCUGUUACUGACUAUGAAACUAUUUUCCGAUUGUAUGAAAAAUCUCGGGAUAUCAUUUUGAUAAAGUCCUUUGAAGAGCUUGAAGGGAAAUACAUAGAUUAUCUCUCUGCUCUUUUAGGCAAGAAGGUUGUCCCAACCGGUGUUCUUGUUCCAAACACCAGCAACGAUGAUGAAGAAGGCAUGCACAUCAUCAACUGGCUCAACAAGAAAGAGAAGGCGUCGACGGUGUUCGUGUCGUUUGGAAGUGAGUGUUAUCUCUCCAAGGAAGAUUUGGAGGAGGUGGCUCAUGGGUUGGAGCUUAGCAAGGUGAAUUUUAUUUGGGUUAUUAGGUUUCCUGAGGGAGGAAAAGUGAAGCUUGAAGAAGCUCUUCCAAAUGGAUUUUUGGAAAGGGUAAAAGAAAAUGGCUUGAUCGUUGAGAAUUGGGCACCACAAUUGAAGAUUCUAAACCAUUCAAGCAUUGGUGGGUUUGUGAGUCACUGUGGAUGGGGUUCACUCACUGAGAGCAUCAAAUUUGGUGUUCCAAUUAUAGCAACUCCAAUACAAUAUGAACAGCCAUGGAAUGCUAGACUAAUAGAGGAGUGUGGGAUUGGUUUGGAGGUUGAGAGGAACAUUAAUGGUGGUCUUCGAAGGGAAAAUGUAGCAGAAGUCAUCAAACAUGUGUUGAUUGACAAAACAGGCGAGGGUAUUCUAAGGAAAGCAAAGGAAAUGAGUGACGACAUAAAUAGAAAAGGUGAGCAAUUGAUUGAAGAGGUUGUAAAAGAACUUUUACAGAUUGUAUGAAUUUAUGUAACUUAAUUGAUAUGAAACUUUAUAUUUUGAGAAUCUAAUAAACAAAAUUUGUAUGGA